UUCGCGCAAUUAAGACCGCAGUUAUGAAGUUCCUAGCAUUAGCCAUUGUGGCUAUGCUAUUUAUUCUGCCACUUCCAGGAUAUUGUCAGUUUCUUGACCCGAAUUGUGGAACUAUAACUGAAUCAAAAAGUCUACUAAGGGUCGUUAAUGGCAAAAUAGCGAAAUAUAACUCGAGUCCGUGGAUGGUAUUUCUUAAAUCAACUGAUGGUGAUUUCGUGUGCGGCGGAACUUUGAUCACAAACAGACUGGUACUGACUGCAGCGCAUUGCCUAAAACCGAACCAGACAUUAUAUGCUCGUCUGGGGGAGUACAUAAGAAGUGGAAAAGAUGACAAAUGCGUUGGAAGUUACUGCCAUGUUCGAGUAAAGCACAAAGUGGACGAGGCUUUCAAGCCACGGCUAUUUCACAACAAAAUGUUCUGGAACGACAUAGCCAUUCUGCGACUAGAAAAGCCAGUGGUUUACAGAGAUAACAUUAGGCCCAUCUGCAUUUUGUUGAAUUCUAAAUGGAAGAAUUAUUUCGAUAAAAUUCCGAUACUAACCGGAACUGGUUGGGGCAAGACCGAAAACGGAACAGACAGCGAUGCGCUCAGGACCCUAGACAUACGGCGGCAGCCACCGCAAAUGUGCCGCCAGUAUAUCGGUGCUAAUAUCGUGGGAAAUCAGUUCUGCGCGGGAAACUCGAACAGUAAUCUGUGCAAUGGCGAUUCCGGUGGUCCUCUAGGUGCCUUAAUUCCCUUUAAGAACUCGAAACGCUACGUCCAAAUCGGCAUUGCCAGCUUCACAAACCUACAGUGCAAAUAUGUAAGUGUGUACACGGACGUUAUCAGCCACAUCGGCUUUAUUCUCAAGGUUUGGCGUAACUUCGGCAACGGUCAGAAAAAGACAGUUUCAAAUAGACCUCAGGUCAGACCUUCAACGCGACCGCCAACUAGACCACCAACCCGACCGCCAACAAGACCACCAACCCGACCGCCAACUAGACCACCAACCCAACCGCCAACUAGACCACCAACUCGUGCGCCGAGUCCGACGAGUCCGCCGAGUCCACCGAGUCCACCGAUUCCACCGAUUCCACCGAGUCCACCGAUUCCACCGAGUCUACCGAUUCCACCGAGUCCACCUAUUAUCAUCCCACCAGCACCGAAUCCUCCUUCCAAGCCACCUGUCAUACCCCCGAUUCCGGAACCUAACUUUAUAGAUCCCAUGCCAGGACAUUGGGACACCAAUUAUGAUUCGGUUUGGGACUCCCAUGAAGGUCAUUACGGGAAAGUGGACUAUGACUGGUAUAAUGAUUAUAGCCCAGAGGGCGAUUCGCACGAGUAUUUUUAUAGACAUAGAUAUCCAGGAAACUUUCCAAUGAUUCUUUAGCUGAAAGCGUAUAUGUUCGAUAAAUAAAAUAUUUAAAUCAAUGCUAAGAAGUACAGAAA